AUGUCAGCAAAGACGGGAUCCAAGCUGAACACCACCAUUUCGGAAGAUAACAUUUCUAGUGGCUGCAAAGAAUAUAAAAAACCCGUUGCAUUAAAUGAAGGUCAAAAGCCUAUUGAAGCAAAAACAGCUGUCAUUCUUUUAAAGAAUUCUCGGUUAUGUACUAAAAACGAAUACACACAAUGGCUCUUAAAAAUCUUGUACCAGCCAUGCUCAAGAAGAGAAACGGAAGGCAAAAAUGUCUUGUAUUUAUCGAGAAGUAGAAGAAAGAUUUGGGCGACGGAUUUCUCCAUAAAUCAAGAUCCUGCAAGAUCGGAUGUUAAGAAAAAUAAAGAUCAGCUCUAUGUAAUUACACCAAAAACAAGCAUCAUGACAAUGAACCAAGAAAACAGACUAGUCUAUAUUGUUGAUUUGAGUUCAAGUUUGGCAACUGUUGGUAACACUCGAUCUGAUAUAUUGUUAUCAGAAGUAUUUCAAGCGUUAAGGAACUCAUUAGAGGGUGUGGUGCAGCCAUUUUCAAUGCAAGUAUCGCCUACAGAAAAAGUGGUGGUUCAACCAUCGUUACGCUUAACUGUAAUGGCAGAUUGCUCUCAAUUUGCGUCCAAUAUCAACAUCAUUCCCAUGCUUGCCGAGCAUCCAACUAUGAGAGUAUUUAUGCAGAACGAAGUGAUCUCAGUAUCGAACAUUCGUGCAAUCAUUCGAAAACUAAAAGCAGAGUUCCUGGCUUUUCAAGAAGACACAACUCAAUUUAGAAAGUUCAUGAGACGAAAUAGACAAAAAAUGGGAUAUAACUUAGAUGUGGGAAAUGAAGUAACGCCUCCUACAGAUGUUGGCGUUAUCAAUACACCCAAAUCAUUUACCAAAAGCAAAAUCCACAAAGAAUCACUAGAAAACGAACAAAAGACACCAACAAAUACUUCUUUUUACUCUUCUAACUCAAAAAAGAAGUAUGGGGUAUUGCUAUUACCAAGACAAGGUCGUGCACAGCUUAUAUUGAUUACAGACGGUGCAAUGAAAUCAAACGUACAUGACAAUACAUUUGUACGACAGUUUGCAGAAGAAGAUAUUACUUGUCAUGUUAUACAAAUUGGGUUCGCUAGCAGCUUUAUACCAGGACGCAAUUUUGGGUUUGUACCUGAUACAGAAAUCCUGCAGUUUCUGGCUCGUGCGACCAAUGGAACAUUCAUGUAUUCCAAAGAGUGUUUGACGAAUCCUGACUCAAAUACUUUUGUGUUUGAUCAGAGUAAUGAAGAGUCCCAAAAUACCACCAACCCAGAAAAGUAUCCUAUUGUACAGUUUAUUGAUAUCAACAAAGCAAAACAUAUUCAAACACCUAAUAUAUUCCAUCGACAAUUUCUAUUUCGAGAGACAGUAUUAACUCGUUAUCAUCACUCAGAAUUAAGGUUACAAGCAGAGAAAGAUUCGCAAUCACAACUCAAUCGCCGGGAAAUAUCUGGAAAUAGUAUGAGGGAUGCAAACAAUAGUAUCUCAUCCAUGAGAUACAAUUUUCCUUGGGAUCCAUAUGCAAAAGCACCUGAAGACGAAUGGAGAUUACUCAAAUAUAGAGAAUACACACUACCAGCAGAGUUUUCGCAUGUUAUUGCAGCCAGAGCACGUGAAGGAUUCACACUUCAGUCAGUGUUUUUUGACGAUGGCACUGGAUUCAGGCAUGUAGAGUCUGGUCUUCACGACCUAGAAGUAUCUGAUUUAGCUACUCUACGUAAGGAACGAAUCCAGAUCCUAAUGACAAUGCGAUGGCAGCCCAAUGUAACGAUAGAAUUUCGAAUCCGAGCAACUUGGCUUCCAACCAUUAUUGGCAAUGCACCCAGCUCGUACAAAAACGAAGAUAUCUUGAUGUCUAGCGGCAUUUUUUCUCGAGCAAAAGCACCUCGAGCAGAAAUAUUUGUCAGAACAGACGCUAGUUUUGCACAUAUGUUACAGAAUUGGGAUGUUUUUAGACGGCGAGCUCAAAUGAUGGGUGUGGUGACAGGCUCAAUUCAUGUUGGAGACACACAUACAGCCCCUAUCUAUUCAAAAAUUGAAAGACUCAAGACAUACCUGACUGAUAUUUACGAAGGCGACGAAGUAUUGAAGACAGUCAUUGGGUUUCCUAACAAGUUUUGGGUGGGCCUAGGAUCAAACAAUGACUCCAACGCUUCCUCACUGUUAUCAACAUCUUUUCAUUCAGAAUCAAAAAAUCCAAAUACAAUGUUGAGUCGUAUUGUUGUUGCUCAAAGAAGAUCUACUUUUGUGGAUGCUUUUAAGAACUUUUGGGAGCGUUUCAAUAGUUCAGAAGCAAGGGCAAGGACAAGGUGUUGGUAUGACCCUGGAUGUGUGGACCUUUUAGUAGGCGAUGUUUCGCCUUACAUGACACCAAAGCUUACUUCAGCUUAUAAUCAAGAGUUUGUGUCUAAUAUUGAACAAGAUAUCUUGCUCAUGCUCAAUAAUGUCAGACAAGUCAUCAAAGAAUGGGCAGAUUUUGAGGCAGAAGACGGUACAUUUGUUAAAUUGAUGCACAAAUUAAGUUCAAGUCCUUUAGCCAAUGCUGAUGAGCAAGUCAAAGAUUACUUUUCGGCUUCAUUAGCAUACCCUCCUGCUUUCUGUGAAUUACGAGUGAGACAUGAAUAUGGUCGUCUUAUUACAUUACGAUUACUCUUCUUUAACGUCGAAGUAGCCACUCGAAGAAGAACUGUAGAAUACAUGAGAUAUUUGAUCGAAACAAGCGAAAAGACCAAGAUGCCUUGUAAUAUGGUGUGCAGACGUCCAUUUUCUCGUCUAUUGAUGCGUGAUCCGAAGCAUUUUGCCGAUCCUUCCACUACAACUGAAAGUGAUGGAACUGCCGAAAAAAUACUUGGUAACUUGACUAAGAAUCAGAGUAGAGCAAAGGCAUGGUAUUUGCCUGUAGCAAUGUGGUUAACUAGUGAAUAUAUUGUGCGUGAUUACCUUAAACAUAUGACAUGGUGUUGGCAAACAGACAAUAGUCAAGAUGCAUAUCACAGAGAAAACAAAAUGAUGCCAGUACAUGAUUUAGCAUUUCAAUUUUUGUGUCAAGCACGAUUGGACCAGGGUUAUCAACUUGUUUCGCCUCGACCUGACAGUACUCAAUUCUAUCAGGAAAUAACUUUGCCUGGACGUAAUGGUAAAGAAGCAUCUGUUUGUGCUAUACAAUAUUUUGUAUGGAAAGAUCCAGCCAGCGGAAACAUUACGACUGAAUGGUGGAUGGAACCUAGUGGCAAUUUCGACUUUGAUCAGUACGAAUUAGUCAAGCGAUGGACUUUUGAACCUGACAAGAAAACUAUUUCUCAACUCGUCACUUUUGAUCAAAUACAUGAUGUUGGCCGGUCAAAGAAGAUUGGCGAUUUUAAGAGUAAACGUAGAGGGACACAUGCAGCAAUUUCAAUGGAAGAUAAUACACUUGUCAUGACACUUCCAAAACUGUUUGAUAUUGCUUCUGUUUUGAAGUCAAACAAGUUUGUUGUAGCAUCUUUUCAGUCACCACAAUACAAGAUGGUACUUUCACUACCAAAUCAACAGAAACAACCACAGUAUCAACAAAUUAAGCUAAAAUCACUCGCAUCUCAUUUUGACGAAAGCAACCUUGAAGGAAACGAUCAGUCAGGAUGCGCUACUCCUGUUUUAAAGGGAAAAAAUGCACCGCAGGCCAAGACGCAACGAUAUCUUCGUCGUCAUACACAUAACGCUCUUCCUGUGGGUACUACUACUGAAACAAAUAGUCCUCAAAAGCUGUUUAGUUUCAAGCCUGAUUCACUGCUUAACCAAAACAAAGAGACUAUUGCUAAGCUCAACGCCAUGCUACAAAGCUAUGCCUUAUUGCAUUACUUUGUUGAGCGUUCGCUAGAUUAUGUUUCUAGUGGGGAAAUCCUCAUUUCACAUCAUGAUAUAGGGACUUCUUUCUGGCAAGACCUGAGAAAGGCUUUGCAAUCAGUCAUUAAAGAGGGAAGGGCUUCUAGCGUAGGAUCCAUUGCGGAUCUUCGUAAAACUCGUUGCUUUGUAAAGACAUUUGAUCCUAGAUCCUUUGUUGUCAUUCUUUUACCUAACUUGGAGUCUAUCUCAAAUGGUUUACUUAAAUUGCAAGAAGACGAAAAGGCAAACUCAAAGUCGACGUUGGAAAACUGCCAUUUUUUAGAUGUGUACAUGUUUGAAUGUAUACGACAAAAGCCAAUGAGGCCUACAAAAAACGAAUUACUUUUUGCAAGUCCUCUAGAAGAAGCUAAUCGAAGCCGUAUUGAAAAGGUGGUUGAUGAUGCAGAUAAAAUUACUAUCAGGCCAGUCAAAUACCUUAUCCACAAAUCAGAUGGGCUUGGUGUUAUGUUGCGACCAGAACUAUAUGAAGGAGAAUAUAGUUCUUGUCAACCACAAGCUCAGCUAACAGAUCGAGUGCUUCGUGUUGCUCAAGACAUAGUUAAACAUUACUCUAUCAGCUUUUUGAAGUCCUUCUACACAUGUUUAAUGAGAGGCUUUGUGGUGGACGAUGACGGCCUAAGCAAGGCACUUGAAGUAUGCAACGAGUCUUUGAUGGAACUUGAUAUGACUGAAUUUGUCAAUACAAUGACAAUGCAAAGGCAUACAUCUGUACAUAGCGAAAUACAGGAAGUGGAAAUACAAGCUAAAUUCAAUGCUAUUCUCAAUCAAUAUUUUGAACCUGUAAGGACCAAAAAUGGAUCUAUCUCAAACUUGUAUUACUACAAGCCCCCUUUUAAGAGAUAUGACAAUAGCUCACAGCAAGAGAAUAUGACCAUGGAUGAGAAGAUCUCCCAUGUUGUAGAUCUUGUAGUGCAUUCACAAUCACCUUUGUUGAUUAAACUCUUUGUAGUUUAUAAAUCAAGCUCUAUAGGAGGUCAAGAACAAGAGGAAAUCACCGUUCCUAUUAUAUCUUUGCCGACUUCUUACACUGGAAAAACAACAGACGGAACUAGUUUUAAUUUCGAGAAUCAAGAAAACACUAUAAGUGAUAUGUUUCCUUUAGCAGAUGGAAGCACAAAGGCCUAUCUUCAACUUAUUUGUCUCAAUUUACCUCGUUCUGAUGCGAACGACUACACAAUGUCCGAAAACCUGUUCUCAAUUAAUAACGACAAUAUAUUGAUUCAACUCAUGCAAUCACAACCCGAAUGCUUUUCAUCACUUACACAAGACCAAAAAUUGGCUUUAGCAGAAACAGAUUCGAGAUUAAAUUGGUUGCUAAAAGAAGAGACUAUCCAUGGCUUAUUGAAGACACCUGUCAUUACGCUCUAUACAUUGAAGUAUGUUGAAUACCAACUCAGCAUGGUCAAUCCUUAUGCAGAGUAUCAAACCUCUUUCAAGAUUCCAUUUCAUUUUGUCAAGAAUUAUGCCCAAAGUCGGGAUGUGUUUAUGCUUGAACUUGAAAAAGACUGUUGUCGCAAAAGCAACCGAAAAUAUCAAUUAAGACGCUUGGAUGAUUAUUUUUAUGUUUGUCAAGACUCGAUUUUCAAUAUGGGCGAAGAGUCUUCUUAUUCAAACAGUGCUUCUCCAGUGUUUACCGAUGUAUCUCCUAUAGUUAAUGAAGCCGAACAUUUUGAGACUCACUUAUCAGCUGGAGAAGAUGAAUUUUGUGAUGGAUUAGGCAUUAGUCUAUCCCAAGGAAGAAGAGCCGAAGAAGAAGAGUGCAUGAGUGAUAGAGAAGGACCAAGCAUACCGCUAGAAAAACGUCCUCUUUAUUGGUUGAUAUUAAUCCCUCAAGAAAGAUAUAUUCAAAUUUACUUUUAUUCAAAAAUGCAGAUACUCGGUCCUGGGUUAGAAGUGUUGAAUCCUAUCAGAGAAAAGAUCAAAUCAGUCCAAGAAAAAACGAAUCGAUUGACCCUGUUAAAUUACCUACAAGAUACUCGCAUGUGCAGCAAGUAUUUAGAGGCGCCUAGUCCAGAACAAACCCAGGCAAUGCUUUCCGAUGAAGAAGAAUCAGAAGAAGAAAACACAAACCAAAAAGGCAAAGACACAUUUAACAAAGACGAACCUUUGAAUACAAUCAAGUUUCUGCCUGGCGAAUUCUCAUGCCCCCUUAUUUAUACUAAACGUUUCCCAUUGCACUGGCGCCUACAACCCAAUGUUGCGCUCAAGUUCCUUACAACAGAUGUUCUUCGACUUUUUACUGUCAUGAACAGAUCCAACAUGUUUGUCGUUGAGCGUGAUGGAUCGAUUGUCUAUUGUAAAAUAUAUGAAGAGUUACUUGAUGAAGAGACAGAAGGCUCACCCAACACUGUAUAUGGAUCACCAGCACAAACAAUAAGCGGAAAACCUACAGAAGAUGAUGCACAAACGUUAGUCGGUUUUAAUUCUACAACGGAUUCUACAUCCAAACAUGAUAUCAUAAAAAACUCUUCUACAUCUCCUCGUUCACGUGGAAUGAGUAGCAACAGAGUACCAAGCAAUGACAAGAGACAGCUUGUACUAGAAGUUUUUGGUAUUGAUUUGCCCCCUUGGGUUGAAAAAGAGUUUGUCAACAUGAUUGAAAACAGAUUAAUUUCCCAAAUCACUCUAAACGAAGUACAGCACUUCUUUGCUAGAAACACAACUUCCAAGCCUACAAUAGCAGAUGUAGAAUUUAUUAUUCCAACCUCAAAAACACCAACAAGAAGAGAGGUUCUACGAAUUCCUCGUCUGGUCAACAGCCCAUACAUAUUGAUGCAAUAUUUUGGCCAAUCUCUGACGGCAGACAAUAUUCGCUAUCUAACGGGACCUUAUGUUCAACAAGUUGUCAAGAGUUAUUACGAUCAUAUCUUCUUUUCAGAAAAAUCAUUUGCAAUUCAAGAAUCAUCCGCUCAUAGACCAAAAAGACAUGGAGAGAUGAUAAAAGAAAUUCCUCCUGGUGCCUACUGUUUUUAUUACAAUUGCACAAAACGUAUACCAAGCUCAUCUACCCCACUUGAGUUAUCAGCAGGUCAAGGCAUUGCCGGUAUUUGUUUGACUCUGUUAGAUGAGACAGGUACACCCGUUACGAGUCUAAAAGACAAUAGCAAGUCUGGAGCCAAUUUUGAUCCAGAGGUCAUCUAUGAUUGUCUUGAAGAAGACUUUAGGGAAGCAACAACAGGGGCUACUUUUUAUCAUAUAUGGGUCGAUAUCUGGGUCACUGGUUCAGCAGAUGGCGAUGCACUAAUGCAACAUGUCUAUGAAUGCUAUAAACAAAGUCUUUGUGAUUACUUUAUUGAAAAGACAGUAACGAUUGAUCUUGGUGUUGCCUUAUCUUUGGAUGGUGCGCUUCAGAAGGCAGUUUCAAACAAGAAAGAAGGUCGACUGGGAACAAUUGUUCGAAAGAAGUUUAUUGAAUCUGUCCUGUUUAUCUUGAAAAAGUCCUCUGAACUCAAGAGCCCUACAGUUUGCUGCAUGGAUCGAGCAAUACAAACAACUUUGUGGUGUAUGGAUGAUCUUGUGAGAUUCCUUGAUAUCGAACUUCGCAAGAUUCACCCAUCAUUAGCACCUACUGUGGCCUGGACAUCGAUAGGCAAUGAUGUUUGGGGAGACGAUACUGACAAGCCUAGUCCCAAUAGUAAAUGGGAGCUGUAUCGUGGAUUUCAAUACCGUCAACAUCAGAAACUACAGCACAAUAUUCGACUUGUAGCUAUAAGUGGCCUAGAUGAAUUUGUAGAAAAACUAGGAAGCGUAUCAACCUCAUUUGGCACAGAUAGAAGACCAAGUGCAACUAGCGAUACUGACAGUCUAAAAGCAAGAUCAAGAAGAAGCUCAGGCGAAUCUGCAAUGACUGAAGGCGGAAACAAUCGAAGAGGCAAAUCAGAUUUACAAGAUCAAUCUAGAGCCUCUAGCGCCUUGUCUAAUUCUGGCCUUAUUGCUAGACAUCGUCCUAAUGUUAACCCUGGGAAACAUUGCUUUUUGAUCAUGACUCUUGAUGUUCAUAGAUUAUCUAUCUAUACAUACAAUUGGUCAGAAUCUAUUUCUGAAGAACUCUUUGAUGGUAUUUUCCGUGUUGCAAAUCGCCAAGAAGCCCGCAAUGAUAUUAUGACUAAUAUACUGCAUCAAAAGAUGGGAUUAUUCCAUCAUACAACACCUAUCAAGACAGUCAUUGAAACACUGGAAACAACAGGAUCAGCAAGUCCUACGAAAUUCUUAUCAACCACUCUUUUUUCUACAGGUUCGGCUCAUCCAGCAUCAACACCACAUAUACACCUCACCUCACCAAAGUCAACUAAGAAGACCACUAAACAACACGAUACUAGUAUCAAAUCAGAUACAACAUCAAAUCCUCGUACACCCAAUCCCAUGAGACGUAAUGCUAAUAUGAUGAUGGGCAGUAGCCCUAGUCCUAUUUCUGCUAGUAUGCUUGAUUUUAAGGAUAUGAUUGCUUUUCCUACCGUUGCACCCUCUCACGAAGAACUGGACACAAAGCUAGGAGACAAUCACAGCUCAAUAUCUCGACAAACAGAACAAGAAAAGCACAUUGAUCGCAUUCUUCAGAAUUCACUCAUUCGCAACGCUGAAUUAGAUUGUGCAUUGAUGAACUCUAUUACUGACUCUGUUGCAGAUACUGUUAGAAGCAAAGACAUGGAUAUCCUUAGGCGCCAUGGCCAACCUUUCCUCGAGACAUUUUUACGCAGGGCUAAAAUACAAUCUGCUCAUCGUAAGGCGCUCAAGGUUUAUCUCAAAUGGAGAAAGCGAUAUGGUGAUCCUCAAGUGGAUGUAGCAAAGAACACGGAGAGAUUGUCUCGACCUGAGGUAUCAACGAUUAUGCGCUCCUCCCGCAUAUUGCAUUUUUGUAGAACACCUAUUAUUUUCUGCGAUCCUGAAAGGGAUUGGUCUAGUUUACCAGAAGAUUCUAAUGGAAGGGCUCUUAUUGUAAAGUGGUUUCAAAAUAUGGCUCGUGCACUUAUGUCUGAAUAUGCAAAAUAUCUAGAAGGUGCUGAUAUGCAGCUCAUUGACUUUGCCAAGGGUGAUACCAUAGUGGAUAACAAUCAAAGUGUAUUGAGAGUCUCAAAGUUUAAUAUUGGAAAACACUCAACGACAGAAUGCCCAUCUACUUAUCUACUUCGUGUGUUUGAAGGCGGCUCAAUCAUUUGCGAAAUCCGAUUGACCGGUGUAUUUGUUUGUGUCACUUUGUACAGCUUACAUCGACAAUAUGGCCGCUUGGAUUACAACCGUUUCCGCCCUGAAUCCAGAUCUAAGAAACGUAGUAAUUUUAAGAAGUUUGAAGAAAACUCUGGACACUUUAAACAAAUGAUCCAUAUCAACUCUUUUGUGUACGACUUUCAAUUACGUUAUAUUCAAGACAUGCUCAAUUCUCCAGAUAAAACACCACCUGAAUUGGAUAUUUUAUCUUUUGUACGCCAUUUUGCAACAGGAAAUCAACAGCCUCCUCCAUACUCAAAGAAUCGUCUUGUUCAUGGCUUUUACAGGUUUGAAGCUGACAACAUUCAAUCUAAAUCUUUUUUUGGCAGUUUGUUUAAAAACGCUCCUCGUCAUGGUCUAUCCAACAUCCCUUCAAGUAAUCGAUAUGCUGGUGUAGGUAUCUCUAGCUCAGACCUGUCGUUUAAUACCAGGUGUUCAACAAGCUCCAAUUGGAAAUACACUUUGAUUAUUUGUCCAACACAAGACUUAGAUAAUGCCACAAGCAUUGUUAUUGAAUACUUUGUUCUUGUAGUGUAUCAUGGUCCUAUUUUACCAGAAACGCUGUCAAAGCCUAGCUGGUCUAAAGGCAGCGGUAAUUCUCAUUAUAAGGACCUAUGUGAUAUUUCCCUUCCAGAACAAGGACUCACUUUAUUGGAUAUUGUAUCAAGUGCAAGAACAAAACUGGAUAGUAUUGUUUCUGAAGUUAUUAUUAGAAGUAAACGAGUUCAUGACUGGAGUAAGCUUUAUACAGCAGACCUAGGCCCAAAGAGAAACUUAAAAGCACUCCCCGAGCAUCCUGAACUAGUCCAACUUAUGAGCGAGUUUGAUCGUGUUGACAUCACUGAGGCAGAUAAGAAUAUGGCAACUGUAUUCAACAUGAAUCUCGACUGGCAUGCCGCUUUAGACACGGUUAAGUCAGCUACAAGAAGCACUUCAAAGGACUUUUAUAAAGGUGGGCAUCGACACUUGUUACUAUAUGGCGCUAGAUAUAUGGACUUUAUGAUUCAUUUACGUAUUAAUUCUGAAAAUCGCAUUGAAGGUUGGUUAGUGAGUCGUGAAAAACGAACAGACAAGACAGUAUUUGAAGGAGCUGAACGAGAGCAAAUGUCUAAUCUAGGAAAACUCUUCUAUUACUAUAUGUGGAGAGUGAUUGUUGGCAAAUAA